CCCACACACACAUUAAAACAUUGAAAUUGACUGGAACAAGCAAGAACCAGAUAAUCUUUGUACAGAACACUGAAGAGAGAGGGACCAAUAAACCCAAAGGCAUCUGCCCUGACCUACAUCAAAAAAAAAAUUACCAGGCUGUACACAUGGAGAGAAACACAACCUGGCCCCCGCUCCCUGGCAAUCGUAGCUCAUGCUCCAGAGACAACGUUUUGAAGACGGUGGUUUUUCCUGUUCUCUACUCCUUUCUCUUCCUCCUGGGGAUGACGCUCAACGGCGUGGCGGUGUGGGUGUUUUUUCGCAUCCCCUCGCGGUCUCACUUCAUUAUAUACCUGAAGAAUAUCGUGGUCGCGGAUGUCAUCAUGACCUUCACAUUCCCUUUUAAGGUGCUGUCAGACUCCAACAUGGCUUCCACCGGCCUACGAAUAUUCGUGUGUCGGGUUUCCUCAGUGCUGUUUUACCUCACCAUGUACAUCAGCAUCCUCUUCUUCGGCCUCAUUAGCAUCGAUCGCUGCAGGAAGACCCUCAAGCCCUUCAGGGGGACCAACUCUACUCGCCUGGCCCGUCGCAAACUCCUCUCCGGAGGCAUGUGGACCUUCCUGCUGAUUCUCUGUCUGCCCAACGUGAUCCUAACAAGUAAAAUCCCAACUUCGCAUUACUUCAAGUGCAGCGAGCUGAAGACAGCGGCCGGGCUCUUCUGGCACGAGGUGGUAAACUAUGUCUGUCAAGUGAUUUUCUGGGGCAACCUUGUGACCGUGGUGAUAUGCUACACUCUCAUCACCAAAGAGCUGUACAAAUCCUACACCCGCACCAUGGCCCACAGCACCGGAGGGCCCAUAUCUCGAGCACCGAGCGGCAGAUCAACUCGGAACGCUAACCAGUCCAAAAGACAAAUGAAUGCAAAUGUAUUCCUGGUUCUGGCUGUGUUCUUCGUGUGCUUUGUGCCAUUUCACUUUGCGCGAGUGCCGUACACCCUGAGUCAGACCCGAGGCGUUCUCUUUGAUUGCGAACUCAAGCUGUUCUUCUUUCAGCUAAAGGAAAGCACGCUGUUUCUGUCGUCCCUAAACUCUCUCCUGGACCCUCUCAUCUACUUCUUCCUGUGUAAGUCCUUCCGGAUGACUCUGUUCAAGACGCUGAAGCUGUCGCCUGGUACCUGCAGCUGGCUGACAGGGAGGGGGUCAGACACAGAUACGGGCAGCACUCCUCCAAGAGACUCCUCUGACUGUACGUAAAACUACUGGACAUAAGAGAGGUUUAUGUAAUCAUGACAUCCAGCUGCCAAGAAUGGGAUGAAUCAACUUUGGCCUUCUGACCUUCGCUGAAUAGAGAAGUGAAGCAUUUAUGCUGCAGUACGUAUGUUAUGUCACAAACUUAAUAAUACCAGACAUUUAAAAACCUGCACAUUCAGCAUUGUAAUGUACAGCGAGCAGCUUAUUUUAUGUUGUCUAUGGAAACCAGUACAAUGCCACUAAAAGACACUAAAGCUGAUAAACACAAAUGCUGAUGUCUGCUUUUUGGAUUUCACGCCCAAAUAACUGACCCAUUUUUGUUGUUCUUCUUUCUGUUCUCUAUUGCUGUUAAAAACAAAACAGUUGUUUUUGUGUUGAAGUUUCUCUUCUAUAUUCUCACAAUCACUAAUAUUGAAAAUGUCAUGGACAUCCACGCUUUUUUGGAAAAAAAAAAAAAAAAUAUUACUCUCAUUUCUCUCUGUCAAUAAACUGUGAUGUUAUUAUGA